AUGGCCUCCAUACCAACUUCCAACCCUUACGGCACUCUUAAUAAUUCAGCUCCCGUUGGAGACAGCGAUGUGGCUAACGGCCAGAAUGAGCAGCAACCAUUACUGGGUGGUCUACCAGCAAAGAGGUCAAGCCUGAAGAAACGACUGGCAGGCGAUGUGCAGCGAGACUGGGCUGAUCUUGUCCUUUUGGCUUGUUACAUCAUCACUGGUCUUCUGGACAGGAACACGGUUUACCUCGGACUUGGUCCUACCGCACAAAGCAACCGAUGGAAGAAAUCCGGCAUCUCGAUUCUGUCGUUCUGUGCAGGGUCAUUCCUGUUCAGCCGCCUCCACCGACAUUUCUCGCCCUCACCCAAGCGACGCUGGAUCCUCUGCCUGUCUUUCGCCAUCCAGACUCUUUUCAUUGUCGCAGCCGCUUCUAUUGUGACUUGGGGACCGAAGGACGCCGGUCCGGACGAUGUGCCAUGGUAUGUCAUCGUACCAAUAGCGCUUGUCGCGUUCCAGAGCUGUGGGCAGGCGGUUGCAAGUAGAGCUCUGAAGUACAACGCCCUCACAAGUGUUGUAUUGACGAGCAUCUAUUGCGAUCUCUUCUCCGAUGCCCAGCUGCUUGAGAACCUCUUUACCAAUGCAGAGCGGAACAGAAGGGUAGCAGCACCUAGUCUCCUCUUGGGAGGUGCUUUAUUGGGAGGGCUUAUUGCAAAAAGUGCCCUCGGUACGGCUGGGGCUCUGUGGAUUGCAGCCGGUCUGAAAUUCCUCAUUGUCCUGGCUUGGGCUUCGUGGCCAGCUGAGGAGUGAGGCCUGGCAGACAUCAUUAUGCACGUAACAUAGGAUCAUGGGUUGAGCUUUCCAGCAUAGAAGCCGAGCUACAUUGCGCAAGGUUAGCUUAGCUGAAGCGCGGGGAACACCCCGACGUUGAAACAUCAGUAAUAUGAUUGGAGUAAUACAAGCAUCUUUGCCACA